AUGGCGCUAGACGCAACGAACGGAUUUGCUGCCGCCAACGGCGUACACGGCCUUACGGAUGGAAGCUUACCUAUCUUCGAUGUUGAACGAGUACAGCUCCAAUUCUCCAUCGCUGCCGACUUCGUUGCAGCCCAAGUUGCCAACAAUGUUCUUGUCCUGGCCUUAUCCAACGGACGUAUUUUGCGCAUCGAUCUCAAUAGGCCGGAAGAUAUAGAUGAUAUCGACCUUCCCAAACGUGUCUCCGAAGUGGGCGUCAUCCGGCGCCUGUUCCUCGACCCCACAGCUUCUCACCUGUUAAUAUGCACCUCUCUCGGCGAAAACUAUUACCUACAUACACAGUCACGACAACCGAGGCCUCUCAGUAGAUUACGCGGCGUCCCCAUUGAGUCUGUGGCCUGGAAUCCAUCUCUGCCUACUGCCACGACCCGCGAGAUUUUGAUAGGCGCCUCGGAUGGAAAUAUUUACGAGACCUUUAUUGAAACCUCUACGGAAUUCUAUAGGAAAGAGGAAAAGUACCUGAAGGCGCUAAACAAACUCCCAGAUGGACCGAUCACGGGAAUAUGGGUUGACAGUAUGGGUGGGAAGUCUGAUUUAAGGAGGGUAGUCAUCAGUACACAGAGCCGUCUAUUCCAUCUUGUGGGCAGAGUAGGACGAAGUGGCCACGAAGGAAGCGGGUCAAUCUUCACAAGACUAUUCGAUUCCGAGCAGCCCGUUAUUCACGAAAUUUCGAGAAGCACAACCGUCGGUCCUUCGGCACUCGCUAUCACCCCAGAUUCCCCCAACACAAAAACCUACGAUGACGUGAUCCCAGAUCGAGCCUUCGCGUGGCUUUCGUCGAAUGGCAUCUAUCAUGGGAAGCUCUUGACGACUCCCAUUAACAAUGAUCUGGGAAAUAAGGUAUUCGCUGAGUCGAAACUUCUACCAAGGCCUCAGGUAGUGUCUACCGAGGCCUCCGGGCGGAAGAAAACCCCAUCUGACUUGAUUGAUGCGAUUGCCUUAACACAAUGGCAUGUCGUUAGCCUCGUGGGGGGUCGAGUUAUUGCUAUAAACCGAUUGACCGGCUCCGUCGUAUAUGACCAGGUCAUUCUCGACCAAGGGCAAAAAGCGUUGGGCCUCUACGUUGAUCAGCAAAAGAACACUUUCUGGCUAUUCACAUCCCAGGAGAUUUUUGAGAUCGUUGCCAGAGACGAAGAUCGAGAUAUAUGGCGAAUCAUGUUACAAAGACAGCAGUUUGAUGUGGCCUUGCAGUAUGCUCAUACUCAGGAACAAAGGGACGCUGUGUCGAUGGCAUCUGGUGACUUUCUUGUCGAGAAAGGUCUGUUCGUUGAGGCUGCUGGUAUAUAUGGGAAAAGUAGCAAACCGUUUGAAGAUGUUGCACUGGCCUUCAUUGAUCAUGGCCAGAAUGAUGCCUUACGGAAAUAUCUCAUCACAAAACUCGCGUCAUAUAAGAAGUCUUCUACUAUGCAGAGGAUGAUGAUAGCAACGUGGUUAGUUGAGACAUUCAUGGCUAAACUCAACAGUCUUGAAGAUACUAUCACGAUAGAAGCAGAGUCAGCCGAGAAUGGGAAUAGGAGGGACUCGCGGGAUCAGCUCGACGCUGUCAAGAACGAGUUCCACGACUUCGUCAACAAGUACAAAGCCGAUCUAGACCGCAAAACAACUUACGAUAUCAUUAGUAGCCACGCUCGAGAAGACGAACUCUUGUUCUUCGCUAGCGCCGCUAAUGACUACAACUAUGUCUUGUCGUAUUGGGUCCAGAGAGAGCGAUGGACAGAGACUCUGAACGUGCUCAAGAAGCAGACAGAUCCGGAGGUCUUCUACCGAUAUAGUAGCGUCCUGAUGACACAUGUUGGACACGAAUUGGUCGAAAUAAUGAUGCGUCAUCCCAAACUUGAGCCGCGUAAAAUCAUUCCGGCCCUCCUGGAUUACAAUAGAAAUUUUAAGGGGACUCUUCUCCACAAUCAAGCUGUUCGGUACUUACAAUUUGUCAUUAACCAGCUUCACUCUACGGACGCGGCUGUUCACAACACUCUUGUUUCUAUUUAUGCAUCCCACGACUCGAAAGACGAGUCUGGACUUCUGGCGUAUCUUGAAUCUCAGGGCGACGAGCCUAAUUUUGAUCCUGAUUUCGCACUUCGUCUGUGUAUCCAGCACAAGCGAACCCUCUCAUGUGUACACAUCUACACAAAUAUGGGACAAUAUGUUCAAGCGGUGGAUCUCGCCCUAUCACAUAAUGAAGUCGAAUAUGCUUCCAUUAUCGCAGACCGGCCGAUGUCCAAUCCCGUCCUUAGGAAAAAGCUUUGGUUAGCGGUAGCCCGCAAGGUGAUAUCACAAUCCAACGGCAUUAAAACGGCUAUCGAAUUCUUAAAACGUUGUGACCUUCUGAAGAUCGAGGACUUGAUCCCCUUCUUCCCAGAUUUCGUCGUGAUAGACGACUUCAAGGAAGAAAUUUGCAAUGCGCUCGAGGAUUACUCGCGCAAUAUCGACACUUUGAAGAAGGAAAUGGAUGAGAGCUCACAAACAGCGGCCAACAUCAAGAUGGACAUCGCAAGCCUCGACCACCGCUACGCUAUCGUCGAACCAGGAGAGAAAUGCUACGUGUGUGCGCUCCCACUUUUAAGUAGACAAUUUUUUGUAUUCCCAUGCCAGCACGCCUUUCACUCGGACUGCCUCGGCAGAAAGGUACUAGAACAGGCCGGCGUCGCCAAAAGCAGGCGUAUCAAGGAAUGUCAGAUCCAGAUCAGCAAGGGUCUCGUCAACGGUGCUAAGAAAGAAGCUAUGGUCGCAGAGCUCGAUGCUUUGGUUGCUUCGGCUUGCGACUAUGCUAUCAAACGUAUCGAUGAACCGUUCAUUACGGCGGAGGACGAUAAAGGAGAGUGGGCUCUAUGA